UUCUCCUCGGCUGGAUGUCACAUUUAGCUCGAAAUAAACAACCACGAGUCGCUUUUGCUUGUUCGUCAGACGCAAUGCCGGACACCACGGACGCGUUUUCUUCCAAGGAGACCAAACCGCGUCACUAAAAGAGAGGGGGGCUGCAUGAAACAGUGUGUCACCGCUGUUUGUGUUUUUUUUUUUUAAAUCAUCUGUCUAUCUGAGCUAGGUGCUAACAGCUAGCAGGCUAACAAAGCAGUCUUUUAUGAUGAAAUGCUGCUAGCUGGCGUGUCCAGCAGUCAGCUGUUCAUAUUUAAAAAACAAACCCUGCAGCAUGGGUUAGCUGAAAAAGGAGGUCGUUACAUGUUGGUACUUGUAUCACAAUUUGCUGAUAAAAGCUAGCUACCUUUUAGGUUGUUUUUACCGUAAUUACGCAGGUACAUAUCAGUGAGAAGUUACAGCAGUGUGUGGGGAUUGAUAGCCGUGGUGGUUUUGAUGUUUUGGACUGUCAAAGUCGCCGGCGUUUCUCCAAGAAAGCCAUGCUAUGAUGGUGUUACGCAGGUUACUGAGAAAGCGCUGGGUGCUGGGAGUAGUCUUCGGACUGUCUCUCAUCUACUUUCUCACCAGCACACUCAAACAGGAAGAGCGAACCAUACGGGACCGCACGCUCUUAGAGGUUAGAGAUCCAGAUCAUCGCAUCCCCUGGAAAGUCCGUUUCAACCUGGGAAACAGCAGCCGACAGAUCACUCAGUGCAGAAACUCCAUUCAGGGCAAGACACUGCUCACAGACGAACUUGGCUAUGUCUGCGAGAGAAAAGACUUGCUGGUAAACGGCUGCUGUAACGUCAACGCUCCCAGCAGCAGACAGUACAUUUGUAAAAGCUGCCUGGCCAACGGCUGCUGUAGCAUCUAUGAGUAUUGCGUGUCGUGUUGCCUCCAACCUGAUAAGCAACCUCUCCUCGAACGCUUCCUGAAUCGUGCAGCUGAAGGUUUCCAGAAUCUCUUCACUGCUGUGGAAGAUCAUUUCGAGCUGUGCCUGGCCAAGUGUAGGACUUCAUCGCAAAGUGUUCAACAUGAAAACACCUACCGAAACCCUCAAGCAAAGUACUGCUAUGGAGAGAGUCCCCCAGAGCUCCUUCCUGUAUGAACUUUCAUCUCGGGACAAUCUAAGCGCCCCUGUUUUGACACCUAAGGGUGCUUGGAGAAGACACUCACUCAACGAAGUGAUCUCUUGGAUAGUUUUGCGGCAAAGAGAUGGAGACCUCCAAGACCAACCUCAAAAUGGACAAAUGCUGUAUUUGAUUUGAUUAUUUACACUUCAUAAGUGCAUAGAACGCUUCAUUCAUUCAUCCAUGAUGAUCAUCAGGUCUACAUAGCAGGCAGCUCAUCCGCCAGAAUCCACUUCAGACCAGUUCAUGUCAUAAACUAGGCUUCAUUUUAAAAGAAGGUAACAGCUCCUGUUUUUUUGAAUAUUUUAGAAACAGCAAAGAAUGUGUCGUUACUUCUGUGUAUAGUGCAUGCAUAUGGAACUGCUAUUUAAUAAAAGUGACUGUGAAAUA